AUGAGCAAGUCUAAGUUCCAAGUGAUCAUCGUAGGAGGGUCAAUUGGGGGCUUGACGUUAGCACAUUGCCUGCGAAAGGCGAGAAUCGAUCAUAUUGUCCUCGAGAAGUCGAGCAGCCCAGCACCCCAAAUCGGGGCUUCCAUCGGGAUCCUGCCUAAUGGAGCUCGGGUAUUGGACCAACUUCAACUAUAUGAUGACAUUGAGGGUCACAUCGAACCGCUGAGCACGGCAACUAUCGGUCUUCCUGACGGAUUCAGCUUCAGUAGCUCUUAUCCCAAAAUCAUAACGCAAAGGUUUGGAUUUCCAAUAGCAUUUUUGGAUCGCCAAAAGUUGCUAGAGAUCCUAUACCGAAGCUAUCCGGAUCAUAGCAAGAUCCGUCUGGGAGAGAAGGUGACGGCUAUCGAGUCUACCCAUGAUGGUGCCACAGUGAUCACGGCGACUGGCACAGUCUAUCGAGGUCAUCUUGUGGUCGGAUCGGACGGUGUCCACAGCACAGUCCGCCAGGAAAUCUGGAGCGCAAGCGAGAGAUUUGGCUUAGUUUCGCAGCAAGAGAGAUCCAGCCUCACAGUCGAGUUUCGUUGCAUCUUCGGUAUCUCAACCGCGAUUAAAGGAUUAAACGUGGGGGAGCAAGUGAAUGCGCUAUUCAAUGGUCUGACCAUUGUCACGAUCCAUGGAAAAGGUGGCCGGGUGUAUUGGUUCGUCAUACAGAAAUUGGGCAAGAAAUACACAUAUCCCAACUGUCCUCGCUACACGAAACGAGAUAUGUCCGUGGUGGCGGAGGAACUGAGAAAUAUACAAUUCUACCGGGGUAUUACUUUCGGCAAACUAUGGGAAUCCCGGGAGAGUGCUUCGAUGACAGUGUUGGAGGAGAAUACCCUCAAAACCUGGUAUCGCAACCGAUUGGUUCUCCUGGGCGACAGUGUUCAUAAGAUGACACCGAACAUCGGUCAGGGAGCAAACAUGGCAAUUGAGGACGCCGCAGCUCUGACGAAUCUGCUCCGAAGAUUGCUGAAAAUCCCAGGCAGCUCACUACCAUCAAAUUCUCAGAUCGAGAUGCUGUUGCAUCAAUAUCGCGAGCUUCGAUACCAGCGUGUUCAAUCUAUUUACCGUAGCUCACGAUUCUUGGUCCGCUUCCAGGCUCGAGAUGGUCUGUUGAACGUACUUCUAAGUCGAUACUAUGCCCCCUACGCGAAGGAUCUCCCGGCUGACAUGGCGUCCAAGACCAUUGCCGAUGGGGUGAUGUGUGACUUCCUGCCUCCUCCAAAACGCAGCGGAGAUGGGUGGGAGAGCUACCGAACAAACGGCCAAACAUGGGGCUGGCGGGCUCAAGCCGCGAUGUAUAGUCUUAUUCUUGCGGUUUUGUACGCCUGGAUCAUUCGCGCUCCAUUAGACUACCUAUUCUCUAUCCCUGGGAAGGAUAUCCGCGGCAAAUUGAUCAUUGCAUUUAAUGAAUGGCUUCAACUGCCAAAUGACAAGCUAGCUAUAGUAAAGGAAGUCGUUGAUCAUUUACAUACGGCAUCUUUGCUCAUCGACGACAUACAAGACGCAUCAAGAAUUCGUCGGGGCCGCACCGUGGCUCACGACGAAUCUCUGUUUGGCGUAGCUCAAACCAUCAAUGCGGCCAACUAUGCAUAUUUCCUACAACAGGAGAGAUUGAACGAAUUUGGUGACCCGCGCGCAUUCCAUGUAUUCACCCAGGCGCUCCUAGACCUGCAUCGGGGCCAGGGGAUGGAUCUCUACUGGCGUGAUGCAGUGGUAUGUCCGACGGAGGAAGAAUACAUCCGCAUGGUCAUCUAUAAAACCGGAGGGCUGUUUCAACUUGCAGUGGAAUUGAUGCAGAUCCAAAGCACCACGAACACGGACUUCUCCGGGCUGGUGGAGUUAUUGGGCAUGAUUUUCCAAAUCCGUGAUGACUACAUGAAUCUUCAGAGUGGACUUUAUGCCGAGAAAAAAGGGCUGAUGGAAGAUCUGACGGAGGGCAAGUUCUCUUUUCCGGUCAUCCAUAGCAUUCAUGCAGCGCCCGAAAAUACAGAACUAGUUGAUAUCCUCAAGCAGCGCAGUGAGGACCAAGCUGUCAAAAUACGUGCUGUGCAAUAUAUGGAGUCAACUGGGAGUUUUCGGUAUUGCCGUGAGACUUUGGGUCGAUUGACUGAGCGGGCACGCAGUCACGUUCAAGAGCUGGAGACUUUCUUGGGUCCGAACAAGGGAAUCCACCGAAUCCUCGACUUACUCGAUGUUCAGCCACCGAGUGAAAGAUCAUGUGGUUAA